UCUUUUGUUCUCGAACCUACCAGUACCAGUACGCUUUCGCCUCCUCCUAAACCCCUCGUCCAAUUUCUCCUUCCUCUGAGAUUCGUAAGAGAGAGAGAGAGAGAGAGCUCAGCAAUGGCGUUGGCGUUCGACGAGUUCGGGAGGCCCUUCAUCAUCCUCAAGGAGCAGGAGCAGAAGACGCGGGUGCGGGGGUUGGACGCGCAGAGGGCCAACAUCUCCGCGGGGCGCGCUGUGGCUCGCAUCCUCCGCACCUCGCUCGGCCCUAAGGGCAUGGACAAGAUGCUCCAGAGCCCCGACGGGGACGUCAUCAUCACAAAUGAUGGGGCAACAAUCUUGGAGCAAAUGGAUGUUGACAAUCAGAUUGCAAAGCUGAUGGUGGAAUUAUCUCGUAGUCAGGACUAUGAAAUUGGUGAUGGUACAACUGGAGUUGUUGUUAUGGCUGGUGCUCUUUUAGAACAGGCCGAAAAGCUACUCGAACGUGGUAUCCAUCCUAUUAGGAUUGCUGAGGGUUAUGAGAUGGCCUCCAGGAUUGCUUUUGAGCAUCUUGAGCGUAUCUCUCAAAAGUUUGAAUUCAGUGCGACUGAUAUAGAGCCUUUGGUUCAGACGUGCAUGACAACUUUGUCCUCGAAAAUUGUUAACCGCUGUAAGUGUAUGUUAGCUGAGAUCGCUGUUAAGGCAGUUCUAGCAGUUGCUGAUUUAGACAGGAAAGAUGUGAACUUAGACUUAAUUAAAGUUGAAGGAAAGGUUGGAGGGAAGCUGGAAGACACUGAGCUCAUCUAUGGUAUUGUUGUUGACAAGGACAUGAGCCAUCCGCAGAUGCCAAAAAGAAUUGAAAAUGCGAAGAUUGCUAUUUUGACUUGCCCAUUUGAGCCACCGAAGCCGAAGACUAAGCAUAAGGUUGACAUUGACACUGUAGAGAAGUUUCAAACUUUGCGUCAGCAAGAACAGCAGUACUUUGAUGAUAUGGUUCAGAAAUGCAAGGAUGUUGGCGCAACUCUAGUUAUUUGUCAAUGGGGCUUUGAUGAUGAAGCAAAUCAUCUGUUAAUGCAUAGGAAUCUGCCAGCUGUCAGAUGGGUUGGCGGUGUUGAACUGGAAUUGAUUGCAAUAGCUACAGGUGGAAGAAUAGUUCCCAGAUUCCAAGAGUUGACACCAGAAAAGUUGGGGAAGGCCGGAUUGGUGAGAGAGAAGUCUUUCGGAACAACAAAAGAUCGUAUGCUGUACAUUGAACAGUGUGCAAAUUCCAGGGCUGUAACCAUUUUCAUUCGUGGUGGCAACAAGAUGAUGAUUGAGGAGACAAAACGUAGUCUUCAUGAUGCACUUUGCGUUGCAAGGAAUCUGAUUCGUAACAAUUCCAUAGUUUAUGGUGGUGGCUCAGCUGAGAUCUCUUGCUCUAUUGCUGUUGAUGCUGCUGCAGAUCGAUAUCCUGGAGUUGAGCAGUAUGCUAUCAGGUCAUUUGCUGAAGCUUUAGAUUCAAUACCAUUGGCUCUAGCAGAGAACAGUGGCCUGCAACCUAUUAAUACUCUGACUGCAGUCAAAUCUCAGCAAGUCAAGGAAAACAAUCCGUUCUGUGGCAUCGAUUGCAACGAUGUCGGGACAAAUGACAUGAAAGAGCAGAAUGUAUUCGAGACUUUGAUCGGAAAACAGCAGCAAAUCUUGCUGGCAACACAGGUGGUGAAAAUGAUCCUUAAGAUUGACGAUGUGAUCGCACCAUCCGAUUAUUGAUGUUGUUUGAGAGAGAAGCAUUUGCCAAGUUUUGCGUUCUGGACAGUUUAACUAUCGUCCGAAACUGAAACUGGUCUAAAAGGCCAAGUCGUUAUGUGGUGUUUGGAAAUGUUUGUUGAGCCUGAUAACUGUGCUUUAAGAUCUGAUUUACAUCUCGCUGUGACUGCUUAUAUUGUGCCUUGUUAAUGUAUUGGAGAGUGAAGAACUUUUGGACAAACUGACGACGAGGAUAGCAGUAAAUGUUUUUGUCGAUUGUUUUAUUUAUCAACGACAGUGAAGAUUUGAGGUAUUUCUUUGAAGAAUUUUCUUUUCUGAUAAA